UUUAAUUCUUAUCUCAUAGAUCCACAAGCCAGAAUAUGCCAAGAUAAAAUCAAAGUUAAACCUGUAAUGAUGGAAAAGAGUGGCGUCUAUUACUCAAAGUUAGCUGUCGAUGCGGAUGUUCCAAUUAGGAUCAAUUUUCCAUUAAAAAAUGAAAUUCAAAUCAAAGAUUUGGACUGGAGACUUAAUGAUCGUCCCUUUGAAGUGGAUCAAGAUGAAGUAAGAUCUGCACUUUAUUGGAUCCGGGAACCCACUAACAUUGUUUUAGUUAUUCGUGUACCUAAAUUGCAGUACAUUGGUACAUGGAAGGUCAUUAUUAAGGAUAAUGAUGGCGAAGUUUCAACCGAUUCAUGCGAGCUGCAAUCACCGCCUCUAGUUCAACGUUUCAUUGAAUCCUUCCGUUCAACAGAAGGCUACGAGAUGAAGGUGGUCUGCAAGAGUGCAAGUAUGCCCUAUCCCGAUCGAAUCUUGUGGUUCCGAGUUGAUGGGUCUGGUGAUCAAAUGACCCUGUUUCCUGCAGAGAACACUGAAAAAACACAUAUCGAGGGUGAUACUCUUGUCUUCACGGAGGUGAAAAUGAGCGACACAGGUUCCUACAUCUGCAACACCACGGGCGGAGGUGGGCUCUUCGAUUCCUCUGUUGCGGAAGUGAAAAUCAAGAGUCGCUUCGCCGCUCUCUGGCCAUUCAUUGGAAUUCUAGCCGAGCUGAUAAUUCUCUUGAUCACCAUCAUCGUCUAUGAGCGCCACAAGGCAGCCAAGAAGAAGGCCAUCGCUCAAAACGACUCCCUUCUCUCUACAAGUGUUUCACCUUCCGGAGACGCCAAGUCGCACCAAGGGGUUUUUGAUUUCUCUAACCUCUCUCGGAUUAUCUUACAGACUUCCACCUAUUUCGGAAAUCGAAUCAGUCAGCCGAAAGCUUCUAAUGCACAUAUUUUGGAGGUUGGAAUGGAUUCAACAUACGCCUCGGAGUUUGUAAAGUUGCGAAUUUUGCCGGAGAAUCGCAGCCAAGCCCUUAUCACUUUGAAUGAAGUCGGUGCUGCGAAUUUCGUCGGUUUGGGUCCCCAACCGAGAGAUGAAAAUACCAAAUCAGCAAAGAAAAACAAUAAGAAAGCAAAACUUUUGCCUCGUUACAAGAGACUCAGUACCAAGGAAAUUAAGCGUUUGAUUAGGCGUCAACAGAAUUUGAAUUUGGCAGAAAUGACAUGUCCUUCUGACUUGCCUCGACGACUGAAUGAUCUUUGGAAUACGUAUGCAAAAUCCAUAGUAGAUUGGAAGGGGGUAAAUGACGAAACAAAUAUUUCGAGUCGUUUAGAGAAUGUUUUACGAAUGGAUUUGAUUGGUGCUCAUAUGCAAGUUCUCAAAUCAAUCACUACUAAACAAGUCAAUUUGGAGGGAACUGUUACAAUGGAGACUCGGAAUGUCUUUUAUUUCGCUACAGAAGGGGACGGCAAUACUUCACAAGUAAAGCUUGUUCCCAAAAGAGGAACAAUUUUCAAACUAAUUUUGCCUGGUGCUGAAGUGGCUCUUAACGGAAAUUCCUUAGCACAUCGGCCAAUAGAUCGUACUCUUAGAAAGUGGAAAUUGAACCAGUGUGGAAAAGGAAAAAAACGAAGAGGGGCCAUUUAUACAGAUUUGUUCAGUGAUUAUGUUUUUGCUACUACAAAUCCUACAAAUAAAAUGCCUAUAAUAGGGUUUAAUAUCCCAGAAAUUACAGAAGAAACAGGGGCACCCAGGACAGCACGUAAAGCUCCGAGUCGUCCGCCUCAAACUACUUACACAUUAGAACCAUUAACGAAUGAGCACACAGAACCGACAUACCACAAAUCAAUUGCCGCUUCUGUUCGAAGGCAAAUUCGCCAAAAAGAAGAGGAGUCAGUCGUUUACACUCGGCGAUUUUUUAUCUCUGAAUCAUUGGAGCACAGCAGGAAAUGGUUUCAGCGUGAAGUCGAAGCUCAGAUGAAAAGGGGUGGUCUUUACGAGGACCCGUUUAUGCCUCCAGUGGAUUCUACAAUCUGGCCGGAUCGAAAUUCAAAUUCGUCUAGAUAUAAAUGGCGAAGGCCUUACGAACUCGUUAACGAUCCCCAAUUUAUUGCCGAUGGACUCAGUCGAUUUGAUAUUCGUCAAGGAGAAUUGGGCACAACCUCAGAGGGUAUGGAAGAUUUCACUGGGGGGAUGUCGGAGAUGAUCGAACUGGGCAAUUCUGCACCCGAGAAUCUCUUCAACAUCAUGAAUCGCGCUCACGCCAGAUGCUCCCUUCUCGCGUGCUCCAUUGAUGCCAGUCCGGAAGAGUUAGAAGCCGAAGGACCCCUUGGUCUAAUUAAGGGACACGCGUACUCAAUCACUGAUGUUCGAGUUUUCCGGGAGUUGAAAGGUACCCAUGUUCAAAUGGUUCGAUUGAGGAAUCCCUGGGGUAACGAUCGGGAAUGGUCAGGCCCUUGGAGUGACAAAUCGGGGGAAUGGUCUCGUAUCUCCACAGAAGAGAGAAUGCGAAUUGGCUUGACAUUUGAGAACGAUGGCGAAUUCUGGAUGGCUUUUGAGGACUUUAAGCGUUACUUCAGUCGUCUCGAAAUGUGCCACUUGAGCCCGGAGUUCGAGGACAUAGAAACAAAGGGGGAUAGAAAGAAAACGAAGUGGGAAAUGACAAGACAUGAGGGUGAAUGGCUGAGAAAUUCUACUGCUGGUGGAUGUUUGAACAAUCGAGGUUUGUUUUUCUUUGUAAUGCUUGUUCUAACAGGUUUGAACGGAUUUAUUUCAGCACUCUAUUUCAUGACACCGUCUGGCAUUAUCAAUCCUUUCAAUGCCUGGUUUAAUAUUGAUGAAUGUAUUACUUUACUUAUCACCAUAUUAUGGUCUGAUUACUUUCCUGUAGACACUUUCCACAUGAACCCACAGAUUAGGGUUUCAGUGGUGGAUCCAGACGAAGAUGACGAUGAUCCAACUGGAACAAUUGUCGUUGGCUUAAUGCAGAAAGGAAUGCGUGAGAGACGUCAGAACCCAUUCUCCAUCGGCUACUGCAUUUACCCCUUCCCAAAAAAUGCGCCCCCAAAUGCCUUACUCACAAAAGAGUUCUUUCGUCGUACUCAGAUGUCAGCUAGAUCCAUUUUCGCAAAUACGAGAGAGGUUUGUGGUCGUCACAAACUUUUACCGGGCGAUUAUGUCAUUGUGCCUUCAACCUUCCAACCUAACGAAGAGGCCAAAUUUCUUCUGAGAAUCUUCUCUGAGCGACCGUAUACCGCUAGUGAAUUGGACGAUCAGAUCGCUUGUGGUGUGGACCCAAUAGCACCUAUACCAUCAAUGCCGAAAGAUGAUGAGAUGAUUGCCAAAUUGAGAUCAGCUUUCGAUGCAAUCGCUGGCGAAUCUAGUGAUAUUGAGGCAGAAGAUUUGAGGAACAUCCUCAACAGAGUCUUUGAGAAGAAGGUCGGUGAAUCAUUCGAAGGCUUUAGUUUGGAGACCGCGAGAAGCAUGGUCGCGCUUAUGGACGCAAGUUUUUUGUUACUAUUACAUUGUCACUGUUUUCCUUCAUGGCUUCCCGUUCUAUCCUUAACCGUUGUACCUUUCAGGUUGACACCAGUGGAACUCUUGGAUUUGAGGAAUUCAAAACUCUUUGGUAUGAACUCCGUCUAUGGUUGGUUAACCAUAUUUAAAGAAGCAGACUCUGAGAACUCUGGCCAACUUCGAACCUAUGAUCUUCGUACUGUCCUCAGUGACGCCGGAAUUAGUAUAAGCAAUGAGAUUUUCAAAGCAAUUGUCUGUCGAUAUGCCCACAAUGGUGUCAUUUUAUUUGAUGACUUCAUCCUCCUUCUUGUACGUUUGAUCACCGUUUUCGGCAAGUUUAAGGAGAAUCUGGAUCGUCGUGGAGGAAAUAGAGCCACCUUCAAUGUUGAUGUGGUAGGUUUCAACGCAUAA